AUGAUUUGGUUUUUGUUACUUAUUAUUAUUCAUGAAACAUUGGCUAACAAUAAUGGCAAUAUAGUCUUAAGAAAUUUGGGGGAGAAAGAAUAUUCCUUAUUAAAAGCAAAAUCAUCAUUGCCCCAACAUGGAAAAUGUUGGCAUACUGCGCUCCAAACAUUGGAGAGCAACUGCAACCAAUUGAAUGAUCACAAACAUUCACUUCUUGCUCUGCACCUAGCAAAUUGCUUCUUAGAAGAUUCUGGUCUCACACCCUACAAUUGUCAUUUCAGUGAAACAGAUGACGAGCGUCGGAAAUGCAUUGGCGACAUGACAGACCGAGCCUUCAGUGUUUACAAUGAAUUCUACACUCAUGCAACUCAUAUCUGUUUCUUUUUAAAUUAUGAAGCUUGGCAAACUGAAGUUGAAAGUACUAUAAAGCUUUCUUCUAGAAGAACAGUUGAUGCAAGAGUUGCUCUCUUUAGUAUCCUAAGUCUCAAUAUAGUGAUUGAAAGAAUACUCGUUCAAUAUUAUGAUAAGAUUAUUUUUCAAUCUCCCGAUGAUAAGGUGCACCUGCUAAGUACAACAUGGUUGUGCAGAAAAAUUGCCUUAAUGCUUUGUGCUAUAACGUUAUUCUGUACAUAUUACUAUUAUAAAGAUGGACAAUUGGAAAAUUAUAAGGCUUUACAAAGGAUUGAACAGCAGUUAAAUAUCAUACAGAAAACUCCAAUUAUUUCCAACAUUGAACCAAUUCGAACAUCAACGGAAGAGAGCCUGCAGUAUAUCAGGCAGUCCCUGAAAUCGGAAGAAAUGGAUCAUCUAGAAGGAACUCAUUUCGAUAGGCUCAUCCCGCACGUGUUUGUUACUUUUGGAGCGUCUGGCGAUCUUGCCAAGAAGAAAAUUUAUCCUACUCUUUGGUGGCUCUUCCGAGACAAUCUUCUACCAAAACCAACCACUUUCGUCGGCUACGCUAGAAGUAAAUUGACGAUACAACAAUUACGUGAGAAAUGCCAUCCGUACAUGAAAGUGAAGUCGAACGAGGAGGAGAAGUAUGAAGAAUUUUGGAAGUUAAAUCAUUAUAUUGCUGGCUCCUACGAUCAAAAGAAAGACUUUGAACAACUGAAUCGUAAAUUACAGAAUUUUGAGCAAGGGCACACUGCACACAGGCUAUUUUAUUUGGCAUUACCACCGAACGUGUACGAAAGCGUUACGGUACGCAUCCGACUUACCUGUAUGGGAGAGAAAGGAUGGACGAGAAUUAUAAUCGAGAAACCAUUCGGUCGCGACGCCGGCUCAUCUCAAAAACUCUCCGAUCACUUGGCGACGCUAUUCAGCGAGGAUCAAAUCUACCGUAUUGAUCAUUAUCUUGGCAAGGAGAUGGUGCAGAAUCUGAUGACUUUCAGAUUUGGAAAUAGGAUAUUCAACCCAACAUGGAACCGGGACAAUAUAGCCUCAGUGCAAAUCACAUUCAAAGAACCAUUUGGUACUCAGGGUCGAGGUGGUUAUUUCGACGAGUUUGGUAUCAUCAGAGAUGUGAUGCAGAACCACUUGUUGCAAAUUUUGUCCUUGGUAGCAAUGGAAAAACCUGCCUCUUGUCAUCCGGAUGAUAUCAGAAAUGAGAAGGUAAAGGUUCUUAGAUGUAUCAAGGACGUGCAACUUGAUCAGGUAGUUCUCGGUCAAUACGUCGGAGAUUCAGAUGCUGAGGAUCCGGAGGCACGCUUAGGUUACUUGGAUGAUACCACAGUACCAGUCGGUUCAAACACUCCGACAUUCGCGUUCGCAGUACUAAAGAUAAACAAUGAGAGAUGGGACGGAAUACCAUUUAUCUUGAGAUGCGGGAAAGCGUUAAACGAAAGGAAAGCAGAAGUAAGAGUACAGUACCAAGAUGUACCGGGUGAUAUUUUUGAUGGAAAGGCAAAAAGGAACGAAUUAGUGAUAAGAGUGCAACCAGGCGAAGCAUUGUACAUUAAAAUGAUGACAAAAUCACCUGGCAUAACGUUUGACAUGGAAGAAACGGAAUUGGAUUUUACUUAUGGUAGUAGAUACAAAGGCCUUAAAUUACCGGAUGCCUACGAGAGACUAAUUUUAGAUGUUUUUUGCGGUUCGCAAAUGCAUUUCGUGCGAAAUGACGAGUUGCACGAAGCAUGGCGGAUAUUCACACCACUGCUUCAUCAAAUCGAAAAAGAAAAAAUUCCACCGAUUCCAUAUAAGUAUGGUUCUCGAGGACCGAAAGAAGCUGAUGAAAUGGCAAAAAAACAUAAUUUCGCGUACUAUGGUUCAUAUAAAUGGGUGAAACCGUGAAAUCAAUGCCGACACUGUGAUAUGAGAUUUCAUCGCGCAAAGUACAAA